AAAGCAUACUCAUUUCCAUUGCAUGCUUGCUCUCUCCUCUGCCUCAUUCGUUCAUCCCUUCUUUAUUCUCUCAUCAAGAAAGAAAGAAAGACAGAGAAAAAAAUCAUCCUGAAGAAGAAAAGAAAAUCACAGGAAAAGCAAAGCAUCACCUACUUCGAGUCUUCUUUCAUGGCGGUUGAGGCCCGGCACAAUAUGAAUCUCUUCUCUUCCAAUCAGUUAAUCACAAACAGAGAUUUCAUGAAAACCAUUCAGGGAAAUGGAAAUAUCUGCGACAACGUCCAUUCGGUUUCGUCGACGAUUAGCCCCGAGAAUUUGGCGUCGUUUUAUCGGUCGCCGAUUUGUGAUGCGAAAACAACGAUGAACAAGGCCGAUAGUGGCCUCACUUGCAAUAUUAUUAACCCCGCUCCGAGAAAACGACAGAGAGAUUCAAAUGCAAUCCAAGAGUUGAACGCUUUUUCGGUCCCUCAGAAGAGCAAACUCUCCGUCACCGGUUCGUCGUUUCUCGACAAGGACGUUGUCUUCCAGAUCCACCAGCACCAGUCUGAGAUCGAUCGCUUCAUUGCCCAGCACACGGAAAAGGUGAGAAUAGAGUUGGAACAUCUGAGGAAAAGGCAAGCGAGAAUUCUGGUGUCGGCAAUCCAAGAAGGAAUAAUCGCGAAAAAGCUGAAAGAGAAAGACGAAGAAAUACAAAGGAUGGGAAAGCUGAACUGGGUCCUACACGAGAGAGUGAAGACACUGUGUGUGGAGAAUCAGCUAUGGAAAGAUCUCGCGCAAUCGAACGAAGCCACCGCCAACUGUCUCCGCUCGAAUCUCGAGCAAGUCCUCCUGGCCACCGCCCGCGUUUGCGACGAACGCCACGCGCCUGGCGCAAAUGAUGUCGCCAUCGCCUUCGCCGACGACGCCGCCAACGAUGCAGAGUCGUGCUGUGGAAGCAGCGACUCCGGGAGGGAGGAAAACGACGUCGUUUCGGGGAAGGGCAUUUGCCGGAGGUGCGGGGAGAGGGAGGCGAGGGUGCUGGUGCUGCCUUGCAGGCAUCUGUGCCUGUGUACGGCGUGUGGGUCCUCUCUCAGAACCUGCCCUGUAUGUACUUCUGUCAUGACUGCCAGCGUGCAUGUUAAUUUCUCUUAAAUUUUUUUUUUUUUUUUGUUACCAUCAACAAGAAGAGAGGAGGAAAAAUAGGAAAGAGAAAAACAAAUGAAAAAACCUUUUCGUAAAAAGAGAAAAAAAAAACCGAGAGAAUUAUAGGAUUUUGUUUUGAUCAAUUUGUUCUCGUUUCGGAGCAUUGUUCAGAGUCUUUUCUCUUUUCUCUCUCUCUUCUUUUUUUUUUUUUUUUUUUU